GGCGCUGGAGCUGGGUUCCAUAUUGGGGCAUCGCCUCAAAGCUCUUUCCGCGCCGUGGGUCUCGCGAGACCUCUGCAAUCGGGGACUUAGGAAGAGGUCGGGAGAAGUCAGGCGGCAGCAGCAGCCCCUCCUCCUCCUCCUCGUCGUUGCUGCUUGGCUUUGCCGCACCCCCCCAGUGCAAGCUCUGCUCUCCUCAGGGGGACCCCUCGCGCCCACCUGUUAGGCUCCCUGUCUUGGGGCUGUGCAGGAGGCCGCGGGGUUGCAACCCGACAGACGGCGGGAGGCAGAAGAGCCCCGCUUGGCCUGGCCUUCCCCUCCGGCCGCGGGGCGGGGUUGGGGUGUCGGCGGCGGCACGAGGCCAGUUACUGAGGCGGCCGCUGGGCGCGAGCGACCUCUUUACCCUCGGAGCAGGAAACCCCCUUUCUCCGAAGGGGGAGGAGCCAACGGUUCUGCUCGAGGGUCUCCCCCCCCCCACUCCCGGCCGCGCUGGGUGGGGCGGGCUCGGGGUCGAGAUGACCCAAGAGCGGCCCAAGUUCUACCGGCAGGAGCUGAACAAGACGGUCUGGGAAGUGCCUGAGCGUUACCAGAACCUCUCUCCGGUGGGCUCCGGGGCUUACGGCUCCGUCUGUUCAGCCUUUGAUGCUAAAACUGGCCUGCGAGUGGCUGUGAAGAAAUUGUCCAGACCAUUUCAGUCCAUCAUUCAUGCCAAAAGGACCUACCGUGAACUACGUCUGCUUAAACAUAUGAAACAUGAAAAUGUUAUUGGUCUUCUAGAUGUGUUCACACCUGCAAAGUCACUAGAAGAAUUCAAUGAUGUAUACCUUGUAACCCAUCUUAUGGGGGCAGAUCUGAACAAUAUUGUGAAAUGUCAGAAGCUCACAGAUGACCAUGUACAGUUUCUAAUCUAUCAAAUUCUUCGUGGUUUGAAGUAUAUCCAUUCAGCUGACAUAAUACACAGAGAUUUAAAACCUAGUAACCUAGCUGUGAAUGAGGACUGUGAGCUGAAGAUUCUGGAUUUUGGAUUGGCACGACACACAGAUGAUGAGAUGACGGGGUAUGUAGCUACUAGGUGGUACAGAGCUCCUGAGAUCAUGCUGAACUGGAUGCAUUACAAUCAAACAGUUGAUAUUUGGUCUGUUGGAUGUAUUAUGGCUGAACUGUUGACUGGAAGAACGCUAUUCCCUGGUACAGACCAUAUUGAUCAGUUGAAGCUCAUUUUGAGACUCGUUGGAACACCAGGGCCUGAGCUUUUGAAGAAAAUAUCUUCAGAGUCUGCAAGAAACUACAUACAGUCUUUGUCUUACAUGCCGAAGAUGAAUUUUGAAAAUGUAUUUAUUGGUGCCAACCCCUUGGCUGUAGACUUGCUGGAGAAGAUGUUGGUGCUGGACACAGACAAACGAAUCACUGCUGCUGAAGCAUUGGCUCAUGCCUAUUUUACGCAGUAUCAUGACCCAGAUGAUGAGCCAGUGGCAGACCCCUAUGAUCAAUCCUUCGAAAGCAGAGAACUUGAUAUUGAAGAAUGGAAAAGCCUAACCUAUGAUGAAGUAGUUAGCUUUGUGCCACCACCGCUUGAUCAAGAGGAGAUGGAGUCUUGAGAAUCUGUUUCUCUCUCUUUGUCCCAUAUCACUGUGAGGGGAAGGCCUUUUUCAUAGGGAUUCUCCACAUAUCAUUCAAGUGCCUCUUGCCGUGAAGAUUCUCCUUGGUGGAAGGGUUUUGUGUGUAAUUCUCGUGUGUGUGUGUGUGUGUGUGUGUGUGUGUGUGUGUUGAAUGGGGGUGGGUGGGAGAGUAUUUAUACAGUAACUGUAUAAAUAAUGCUGCAUGUUCUCUUGUAUUUUUGUAUACAGCCUGGGACAUGCUUCUGAAGACCUGUUUGUUUGCUCUUUAGCCUUUACAGUUGGUAACCAGCUUUCAUCGCUUAUAUGGCAAGGCAGAUAAUUAUGCAGGGAAGCUGAGAUUUCAAAUUCUCAGUAGCAAUUCUUGCCAUUAAAUGGCUUUCCUAUCAAGAAAAGACUUAAGAUGAUGGAAGCUGAACUUUUACUUGAACUGUGCCCUCUGCUUUCGAAGAUAAGGGAAAAGAGGGUGAGGGAUGUCUUUCCAUUCCAUGCCAUGCAGCUGCUUUACACCCAUAGCCUCUUCCCAGUAUUCUGUUCAGCAGGAAGGAUGGGCCCAUGAAUGACUGGCUACCUGUUGGGAAUAUUUUGUCUGAACCAGUGUAAAAAAAAAAAAGUGUGUGCCUUAAAUGACUGAGGAGAAAUUGGAAUCGGGGUUAGUGUUCUCUUAACAGUGGGAUUCUGAGCUUGCUGCUUCCUAGGGUGUUGUAGGCCACAGAAUACCCAUGUAUUACUGGCUGCUUUGGCCAGGAUACAAAUCUACCAAAAAUAGGGUGCAGCCCUCAUUUUUGGUAUCCUCUCUCUUCCCUGCCCAACUCUGAGAUGCCCAUCAGUAGCUCUGUCAUGCUGCCUGUUCAUUUUGUAUAUCUUCUUAAGACAGAGUGUUUUGCAUGUUGUAGCUGUGUGUGCAUGUAGGCUUCUUUGUGUUAUCUGGAGGAGGCACUGGGUUGGUAAUCAGCUAAUAAAUUACUGUAUUCACUACCAUGGUCAGAGCCAUAUACAAUUGCAGAAUCCAUCUAUUCUUGUUCAACUCAUGGGUUGACAUUUUGGGCACUUUUUGGAUGAAAAGGGGCAAGCGAACAUGCACCUUUCUUGGAUCUUCCUUUUGUGGCUUUAAAAAUGAGUUCAUUUAUCAGUUUGUGUGUGCCUGAACACAAGAUUCAGUUCACUGUAUUCAUAUAUGAUAGAAAUCAAGUAAUGAUGAGAUUGCCCUAUUUAGGGACUAAGUGGGGGGCAUCACUUCAAGUAUUUUGUGUCCAUCAGGUGUUCUGGGUAUCUGAGGUCCUAUUUUUAAAGUAUUUUCUGAAAUUUAUAUAAUGCAGGUAUCAUGCAUGGAUUGUACGUCUGUCUCUGAAAGAGUGAAGCUUUGCAGUAUUUUUGUUUCUCCUAAUGGAUCUGGGAUUUUAAUGUAUUUAUCCCUUUUGUACAGAGAAGCCGCCAAAAAAGAAAAAAAGAUGGCAUGUGGAUAAUAAAGCCAUCAGUUCCUUCCUUUCUAGUGAUCUCCCUUCAGGUCAUACCCUCUGUAGAGAGACUUGGGGUCCAGAGAGCAGUGCUGCUUCAUGCUUCUGGUUUGGAGGCCAUCUUAAGACCAAACAAAGUCAACUCCCUCUGCUGGACCUGCAGUCUGGGUAUUCAGAUGGAAAUGUAGAUAUAUUCUGUAAAACAUAACAGGAAGAUUAUUUUUAUCAGUCGUUUUAUGUGUAGAUGCUACCGUGUGACUUUCAUGCAGAAAUGCUAUAAAAAAGAAUUUAAAAGCUUAUAGGUAUUUGUGUGAGUGGGAAUAUCUCAGAAGUUGAGAGUCUAUGUGGGAGCCCCUGUGGAGAGCACUCCCUGUCAUUUAGUGUGGUGCUGUUCUACUGCCUCAACUGGACAGAAAGUACACACAUGAAAAGAUAAUUUCUGCAAAUUUGUAUGUAUCCAGGAACUUUGCUCUAACUGGUUAUGCCAUAUAGGAUUAUCACACAAUGCCACUGGUUUAAAAUAAACCUAUUUUUCAAACUUAA